AUGUCCGGCAAGGGCUCCGUGGUUCUGGCCUACAGCGGCGGCCUGGACACCUCCUGCAUCCUGGUGUGGCUGAAGGAACAAGGCUACGAUGUCAUUGCCUACCUGGCCAACAUUGGUCAGAAGGAAGACUUUGAGGAAGCCAGGAAGAAGGCCCUGAAGCUCGGAGCCAAAAAGGUGUUCAUUGAGGAUGUCAGCAAGGAGUUUGUGGAGGAAUUCAUCUGGCCCGCUGUCCAGUCUAGCGCACUGUACGAGGAUCGCUACCUCCUGGGCACCUCUCUCGCCAGGCCCUGCAUCGCCCGCAAACAAGUGGAAAUUGCCCAGAGGGAGGGAGCCAAGUAUGUGUCUCAUGGCGCCACGGGAAAGGGAAAUGAUCAGGUCCGGUUUGAGCUCACCUGCUACUCGCUGGCCCCACAGAUUAAGGUGAUCGCCCCCUGGAGGAUGCCGGAGUUCUACAACCGGUUCAAGGGCCGCAAUGAUCUGAUGGAGUAUGCGAAGCAACACGGAAUCCCCAUCCCGGUCACCCCCAAGAGCCCAUGGAGCAUGGACGAGAACCUCAUGCAUAUCAGCUAUGAGGCUGGAAUCCUGGAGAACCCCAAGAACCAAGCACCUCCAGGCCUCUACACAAAGACCCAGGACCCUGCCAAGGCCCCUAACACCCCCGACAUCCUUGAGAUCCAGUUCAAGAAAGGGGUCCCCGUGCAGGUGACAAACGUCAAGGAUGGUACCACCCACCGCACAUCCUUGGAGCUCUUCAUGUACCUGAAUGAAGUUGCUGGCAAGCAUGGCGUGGGUCGCAUUGACAUUGUGGAGAACCGCUUCAUUGGAAUGAAGUCCCGAGGUAUCUACGAGACCCCAGCAGGCACGAUCCUUUACCAUGCUCAUUUAGACAUCGAGGCCUUCACGAUGGAUCGGGAAGUGCGCAAAAUCAAACAAGGCCUGGGCUUGAAAUUCGCUGAGCUGGUGUACACUGGUUUCUGGCACAGCCCUGAGUGUGAGUUUGUUCGCCAUUGCAUUGCCAAGUCACAGGAACGGGUAGAAGGAAAGGUGCAGGUGUCUGUCUUCAAGGGCCAGGUGUACAUCCUCGGUCGGGAGUCCCCACUUUCCCUCUACAAUGAGGAGCUGGUGAGCAUGAACGUGCAGGGCGAUUAUGAACCAAUUGAUGCCACUGGCUUUAUCAACAUCAACUCCCUCAGGCUGAAGGAAUAUCAUCGUCUCCAGAGCAAGGUCACCACCAAAUAGACCAGCUUACAAUGAGGAGCUGGGCCUCCUCACUCUGCCAGUUUCCCAAGUGCAGACGCUAAUUGUUGUGAUAAUUUGUAAUUGUGACUUGUUCUCCCCCGCUGGCAGCAUCUUGGGGGCGCCAGACCCCAGCUUUGUUCCCUGUUCCCCCAUAGCCUGCAAACUAUGGUCAGCAAAAAAGGGAGAGUGGGUGUGUGGGGAACUACAGUGGGGAGCAGUAAAAUGACAAUUUUUAAAAAGAUACAUUUGUCUUUUGUUUCU